UUCAAAUCAAGACGUAGCCCUCGAUAAUUGAAAUAAUGUUACAGUUGUCUUCCAAGCGCUCUUGUUAAUAGUUUUGACUGGUAUGUAAUUUUCGUUACAAACUAUACAUUUGUAACUCCAAAAUGCCAGUUCGUGAUAACCAUUCAAUGCAAAACAGGGGAUCCGUUGUAGCGCUAAAUUGUAAUAGACCACCGAGGGGUAUUUGUGCAACAUAUGAGUGGAUAAUCCCUGCGUAGGCACUGCAGCUGGUAGCGUUUAUAGUAAUUUUCGGUUAAAAUUGGUAAAUGACUCCGGUUCGUGGUGUACGUACAUCGGCGAACAUUUAAGUACAUCCUAAACAGCUGGUAGGUAAAGAGACGUGUGCGGGGCUCACGUUUGAGUGAUGGCAUAACAAAAAAUAUCGGCACAAAGCAACCCUGCACCUAUAAAUGGAAUAUUUGGAUCCCACGGUUACAGUAGCUAGCUGAGUUCAACGCGAGACGGAUUAGGAGCUCACAAAGAUGAUACGCUUUCUUGCUUGCAUCCUUCUCUGCUGUUCGUUAGCAAGCGGGCAGACACUUUCCUCUCCCCUACCUCUCGGAGCGACCCCCGUGCCCUACGUGCCUCCUGGUCUACCCCCAAUACCGCCAGUGGCCCCAACUAUCUUCCCCUUCGGCCCUACUCCACGACUUCCACGACCCUUGGUCCCUGGAGUUGCUGGUUACAACAACCCGUAUUACAACCCUGCUGCGGGGCCUGCUGUGCCUAUUUUGACGUAUAGCAACGAUCAUGGCGCUGAUGGCAGCUAUUCUUACAGUUUUUCCACAGCUGAUGGAAAACAAGUUCAAGAAACAGGGUACCUGAAAGACGCUUACAUCGACAACGCAGGGGAACCCCAGGGAACGCAGGUAGUACAGGGCAGCUACGCCUACGUCGCGCCGGACGGCACGCCGGUUCAAGUCAGCUACAUCGCCGAUGAAAAUGGAUUCAGACCCUCAGGAGUUCACAUCCCCGCCGAUGGAAAAGCCGUAUUACCUGCACCCGUGCUAGACAAGGACGGCAAACCAAUCAUCGCCAUCGACCGAGCUUUCAACAAUCCCUACAGCCCGUUCAACCGCAUUGACGGCCGCUACAGCGGGUACAAUGGGUACAACGGGUACAGCAGAUUGAACAGGCCCUAUGACCCGAGGUACCCGUAUGAUGCCCGGUACCCCCAGGACCCUCGCAAACCCUACGACCCCAGAUCCCCUUAUGAUCCCAGGUACCCUAACGAUCCGGCUACCUACAAUCCUUACAACCCCUACCGUCCCUCCUGGUUGAAUAACACUUGCAACCAACUUACAUACAACAUGAUGCGCUUUGUGAUCCUCGUCUUGGCUGUGGCCGCAGCCAGCGCUGACGUCAGCAGUUUCCAGACCUACCAAGAUCCUCAAUACACGACGCCCAUCCCGAUAGUCAGACAGGAGCAGGUCAUCAACCCCGACGGCUCGUACAAAUGGAGUUACGAGACCGGCAACGGAAUCGCGGCAGAAGAGCAGGGCUAUGUGAAGAACCUGGGCGUACCAGAUCAGGAGGCGCAGACAGCGCAAGGACAAUACCAGUACACCGCUCCUGAUGGCCAGGUUAUCCAGCUAACGUACAUCGCGGACGAGAACGGCUUCCAACCCCAAGGGGCGCAUCUCCCGACCCCUCCCCCGAUCCCAGCUGACAUCCAGAAGGCUUUGGAUUACCUCGCCACGCUGCCGCCUCCGACCCCUGACAACAGGAACUACAGAACUCAAUAGGACGUGUGUAUAAA